CGGCCCUUCCCAGCGCCCCGCCCGCGCGGCCCUCCCCGCUCACCCGCCCCGAGGCGGCCGUUAACGGCGGUUGGCGCGUCCGUUGGCGAGGCCGCGCCGGUGCUGCCGCCUCGGGCCUGGGCGGGAAGAGGGGCCACUGGAGCUCUGUGAUUGCUGAUCCAUAUUUCAGCUGCCCCAAAGGGACCAUCAGGAUGACAGCUUCCAGGCUCCCCAUUCUUUUAGCAGUGGCAUUUUCCUCUUUGCCCUGCAUUCUUCCCCACUCAAACAGGGAGAUGUGGUUUCAGGAUUUCUUUCCACCUAACACGUGCCCUAUAAAUGCCAGGGCCAACACUUUUUAUGGCAUCAUGUUUGACGCAGGAAGCACUGGAACCCGAAUUCACAUUUAUACCUUUGUACAGAAGAGCCCAGACAAGCUUAUAGAGCUGGAAGGGGAAAUCUUUGAGUCUGUGAAGCCAGGUCUUUCUGCUUAUGCUGAUCAGCCUGAAAAGGGUGCUGAAACUGUCAAAAGAUUGCUGGACAUGGCCAUAGAUGCUGUGCCACCUCAUCUCUGGAAAAAGACCCCAGUGGUGUUAAAAGCUACAGCUGGACUGCGCUUACUGUCAGAGGAGAAAGCUCAGGCUCUGCUUUUAGAGGUGAGAGAAGUCUUUGAGGAAUCACCAUUUCUUGUUCCAGAGGAUAGUGUGAGCAUCUUGGACGGGUCUUAUGAAGGAAUUUUAGCCUGGAUCACUGUGAACUUUUUGACAGGGCAGCUGUCUGGCCGGAACCAGCACACUGUUGGGACUCUGGACUUGGGAGGAGCCUCAACCCAAAUCACAUUCCUGCCACAGUUUGAGGAAACCUUGAAGCAAACUCCUGCAAAUUUUCUUACCUCAUUUGAAAUGUUUAAUAGCACCUACAAGCUCUAUACCCACAGUUAUUUGGGUUUUGGACUAAAAGCUGCUAGACUAGCAACACUUGGAGCUUUGGAUAUGGAAGCUGUAGAUGGACAAAUGUUCCGCAGUUCUUGUUUGCCAAAGCAGCUGGAGGCAGAGUGGCACUUUGGAGGAGUGAAAUACCAGUAUGGUGGCAACAAAGAAGGAGAAACAGGAUUCAAGCCUUGCUACUUGGAAGUACUCAAGGUCAUCAAAGGGAAACUGCACCAACCGGAUGAGAUUCGGGGAAGCUCCUUCUAUGCUUUCUCCUAUUACUAUGAUCGAGCUGUUGACACCAACUUGAUAGAUUAUGAAGAGGGAGGAGUUCUGGAAGUGAGAGAUUUUGAAAGAAAAGCCAAAGAAGUUUGUGAUAACAUGGAGAGGUACAACUCAGCCAGUCCUUUCCUGUGCAUGGAUCUCACUUACAUCACUGCUUUACUAAAAGAAGGUUUUGGAUUUAGAGACAGCACGCUCCUGCAGUUAACAAAGAAAGUGAACAACAUAGAGACAAGCUGGACUUUGGGUGCUACUUUUCACUUACUGCAGUCUCUAGGGAUAACCUAUUGAGCUGUGACACUUCUGUGGACUCUGGAAUUUCUGAAAGGCUGAGAAAGCAAACUGAAAUCUCCAGGUACAUUGCUCAGCUGCAGUCGGUCACAGAGCAGAAUGUGGACCAAAGCUGUAGAACUGAUCUUCACCCAGGAUUGGCAUCUUGCAUAAUGAGAGCUGCCAAGGUAUAAUUUAUAACUGUGAUUGCCACGUGAUCCAGAAGCUGCCUUCUGAAAGUCAAAAGGCCUGAACUCUAUUGACAGAGUAUCUUACAGGUGAUUGUAUGCAAGGGGCUCAGAGACAGCUUUCACCAGCACAUUUACAUAGCCAUCCCAUUGCUAAAAGCACACAGUGCCUGGCAUGUGGUGGUGGACUACAGACACUUGAUUUCUCUCCCUCUUCCUUUCAUUUUAAACGCACAGAACUGAAGUUUGGUCAUGAGCUCUGAACUAUAGAAAUUGAAGAUGGCAGCAAUGGUCAUGCAGAAAAAAAAAAGUGAGCUUCCCUAGAUGCUGCCAGCCUUAGAGUUCAAAGUACCUGGCUGUUAGCUUAACUACCUUGCAAGGAGGCACCUGUCUUCCAUGGGAUCUUCUGUAAGUGCUCCUUGGGCAUGCAUUUGGGAAAGGUGUUGGGUUGUAACUUAACGAGUGUUUCUUUAGCAGCAGUAGUAUCUUAAGCAGACUGUGUGCCCCUGCUUUUUGUGUUCCUACCUUUGUGCUGCCCAUUAAUGGCACAAGACUGCACAGCCGUACAGUACAUCUAACUGCCAGAGCUGGUAGCUUGAUCUGUUUCCCAUGUACUCAUAACACACAGUUGUCCUGCACAACAAGGUAGCAAUGACAAAUAUUUAAAUUCUGCUGCCAGAAGAAAUGCUUGUCACGUUAUACCCACAUGGAAGUUAAGGGUGCAGUCAGAUGAAAGGCUGAUCUAAUAGCUCACUUUGCCGAGAGAGGCAGUUUUGUUUCUCUCCUUGUGGCAAAGCAGUCCCAUACCCUCCUUUCCUUCGAUCCUGGUGCUCCAAGCCUUUUGGUGAACCAACUCAAGACACAAAACUUGAGUUAAACUGGCUCACCAAAGGGUCAGUGCCGGGGCUAGCAUAAGGGAAGGAGGCACUGCCCAGCCUGGAGGACCUUCUGCAGCAGUGAGCUGUUAGGAUACCACAGCCCGUUUUGUCUGAUUACACUCCAAGGUGGUGUUUUCCCAUUGGGAAACCAGGCCUUGUCCCUUCCUGCUCUCUCCUUAGGAACCUCCUCUGGAUACACAGCUGUGUUGAAACAGAACUUUUUUUUUUCCCCCCGCUUAUUAGCUGAGAAGAGGGAACAAGAUGAAUUAACAUCAGAAACAGUGAAGGAGAACAAAAACAGAAGUAGCUCUGUUGUCUACACAUUACUAUUUGAGAGUUCAGUCUCUCAGUCUGUUUUAAUUUGUAGAGCAAAUUGUGUUAACCUCCUAUUUCCCAUUAAUUUAACAUAGUGGAAGUGGACCUGUAACAAGGUUUGGCAGCAGUGUGUGGAGAAAGCCUGGCUGGAACAUGCUUAGCACACUGUACGCAGCAAUGCAUACAGGGUCUGUUUCUUCUAAUAGAUACAGCAGGGCUGUAGAAACAGGACAUCCAAGGAAAGGGGUUGCAGCUGUUUAGCAUUCUUACCCAAGUGCAGGACUUCUGGCAGGAUAGCAUGAAGCUGAGUAAUACUUUAAAGUGACCCUUUCCAUCUGUUUUAAAGCUAAUACAUAAAAACAGUGAGAGAACAAUGUUCUAAAUAAAGCAUCUUUUCAGAAGAGAUUCUGAUUUUCUUGUGUAGUCAGCUGUAGAGAACUGCAAGAUCUCCAGAAUACUUUGAGGCUCCAAAUUCAGUCCUUACGUUUUCCCAGCUAGAAACAUUUGUUAAGACAACUUUCCUACUCUGUGAUACAGAUAGCAGCUAGCUCAUCAGUUUGCUUAUAUUUAGUAAAAAAAUUAAUGCUUGCUAUUAAACAUGGAAUGUGUAACUUAAAGAUGAAUUUGCCCCAGUCUUAAAGAGAGCACUAGAGUUGUUACUACCAUAUGACUAAGGGAAGCUUUAAUUCGCAGAGCUCUUGCAAUGAACACUUUGUUCCUGUUAGGCAUUUGCACUAAUCUGUACUGCACAGAGCACCCCUCUCACUUCUGUAAAACUCAAGGCUACCCAAACACUAUCUUCUCUGCAAACUGGAUUUGAAAGCAAUUGGGAGUUCCCAGCAAGGAGAGGAAACAGUGCACUCAUGCCCAAAGUAAUCUUGCCAAGCCAUUUGAAGACUUAAAAGUUGCCUUAGUGUGAAUGUUAGCCUGGUCGCCUGUAGUUAGCAGUGCAAUUUGUAUGUACGUACGUGGCUUAUUAAACCACCCAUGUCUCAUAUUUCAGAUUUUAUAGAGCUAAAGUGCAGCGCGUGUGUUUUUUGAACAAGUUCAGUCAACAACAGGAUUCCAACGGGAAGAAAUGUAGCUACCUGCACUUGUCCCACCUCUGACAUCUUCCUGUUGACAUCUUCAGGUUGUCUCUUUGAAAUACUAAGUGAGCAUCCUUUAUUCCUCCUUACCAGAGUCUGUCUUGAGGUUCAUGCUGGUAAUUGCCUCUGUGCCACACCAAACUUUGUUCCUCACUAGCAGCUUAUAUUUAAACACGAAGAAAGCAGUUGCGGAGUCUGGCCUGAAGGCUGGCCUCUUCUCUACCACAGAUGUUUUUCCUGCCCUACCUAGUAUUUGGCAAAAUUUAGUAUAUAGUCUGAUUACUGCAAAGGUAAUUAAUUUUGUCUUGAGUGAACAACUUUAUUUUGUUUCUGUAUUUUCAGAGCAUACAGGUAGGAGGCAGUAGUUAAUAUCCAAGUAUUAUUACUCCUGAGAACUAGCUAACUUAAUCCAAAAGCCUUCUUUCAGUCUGAGCCAGUGCUAUGACAAAUUCUCUUAGCUCCAAGGUCAAGUAAGAACCGUAAGCAAUGAGGCCGUAUUUGAAACGAGAAGGAAAAGUUGUAUGUAAGGGACAAACAGCAGCACCGUUAUCUGCCAACUGAAUAUAUGGUAGCCUUGAGGAAUACCUAAGGGUUUGCUUUCCUCUGAAGAGAGGAUGGACUAGAACAAGACAUGCAGAGUAAGUUUCUGUUCUGUGUUCUUUGCCUCACAUUCUGGAGCUGCAAAUUCUGUGGGGGAGCACCUGCUUUCCUGAACCAAAGCUGCAUUAAAUCUGAAUGCUCAGGGCCUUCAUUUGUCAGUGGCACAAUUCAUUAACUAAAUUGUAACUGCUGCUCUCAAUCAGGGGCCUAAUCUGCAGUUAGAGAAACAAAAAUUCAACUUGAAGGUUUCUUUUGCAGGAAACUGUAGAACUGAGCCCCUACUGUUUACACCUGAAUUACCCACGGUGGUUUGGGGAUCUAGAGAAGCCAGUCAAGUCCUCACACUUACCUAGUGCAAUGAGAUUAUUUAUUAUCUUAACUAAAGACUAAGCAGCUUUGUAAGAGAAGAGUUCUACCUGCUGCUGCUGCUUCUCUUUUUUUUUUAAUCUCCUUUGCCGUAAUGUCUUUUAAGAAGUUCCUGUUAGUGACUGGCUAAUGUGAGUGACUGAAGAAGCACAAGAAAGGCUUUCAGUCCAAAACUUGUAUUUAAUUCUUCUUUGUAAUGCUAAUUCCUGAUACUGGUUAGCUGUACAAGUGUCUUGCUCAUUACCAUUACUCAUUUAAUGUUGUGCGAGUCAAAUGUCUAAUGCAGAAGGCUGGUGUUUGGAACUUAAGACAGAAUCUCUUGAAUGUCUAUUUUAGUAAUUAAAGAAUUUUUAACAAUA